AUGGGCUUCUUCGGGGGAUCCGGCCCGGCGGCUCUGUUGCUGGCUGUGUGGCUAUGCGGGCUGUGUUGCGGCCGCUGCUGGGCACGCUCGGACGCUCCUCGCGGGGUGGCGCUGGGCUUCGUUUUUGACCCGAAAGCGACGUGCGAGCCGCCUUGCCAACACGCCGGAGUGUGCAUCCGCAACGACACUUGUCUGUGCGGCCGCGGUUACGAGGGAGAAAACUGCCAGUAUGCCAACUGCUAUCCCAAAUGUAAGAACGGAGGCGUUUGUCUUCGUCCCGGAAAAUGCAGAUGUCCGGCUGGGUUUGGAGGGAGAUAUUGUCACAAAGUGACGUGCGACGGCGGCUGCUGGAAUGGAGGCGAAUGCAACGCUGUCAACGGAGUGGCCAAGUGCAUCUGUCCCUCCAGCUGGACGGGCUCCAAAUGCCAAGAGGCCAUUUGCCCCCAAGGUUGCAGAAACGGGGGCUUCUGCGUGGCCCCUGGAAUCUGCAGCUGUCCUGACGGCUGGCUGGGAGGCGCCUGCCACAUUGCCGAGUGCACUCUGCCAUGCCUGAACGGAGGAAAAUGUAUUUCCCCCAACACAUGCCGCUGCCGACCCUCCUUCUUGGGCACUCGCUGUGAGGAAAGGAAGCGGCGCCAUUAGGGCCCAAUAGUCCCACUUUAUUUACUUAUCAUUUAUUCUCAUUUUUACUGUACAAAGACUGCUUUGUGUUUCUGUGCAUGUACUGUACUU